GAUACCAAAAUUUCAAAUUCAAAUUCAAACCAUUCGCGGCAAUCGAUCGAUCAAUGAACGCCUCCAAGAACGAAAAAGAUCUCUCUCCCGUGAAACUCGAGUGGGUCCUCAAAUCGAUCGUGAGCUUUUUUUUCUCGGAAAUUCAACGUGAUCCCACGUAGCUCACUCACGAUGGGUAUAUCUUUGAGCGCUCGCGCGAUCUCCCGAAGGAUGGCGAGAUGGAGCAGCAAAGAAGAUUGGGACAAACAACGCCAGCGCCAAAUCCAAAACCUGUUCCUCACGGUUCUGUGCCUCAGCCUCGCGGUUCUUCUCAUCGCUGUGCCUCGGGAAUACAGAACAACGCAGACCUUCUCGAGAGCGAGCGAAAGGAUCGAAUCCACAGGUAAGUCCGGUGCUACGUCGAAGAAAACCGUGGAGGAUGGUGUUGCCUGUGAUCUUUCAAACUAUCGCACAGCAGUGUGUCGCCUCGCUGGUGAUCUGAGAAUCAGGGGCAGCACGGUGACACUGUUUAGUCCUAGCAACACCGACGAGGAGAUCCUCGUCCAAAAGAUCAAGCCAUACCCGAGAAAGUGGCAGAAGCAGCUCCUCGAGAAGAUUAGCGAGGUGACGAUCAAAGUGAGAAGAUCCAGCUCCAGCGCUCCACAGCACCAGUGUGAUGUCAACCACACGCAAGCCGCCAUGAUCUUCUCGACUGGAGGCUACACCGGAAGUGUCUACCACGACUUUAACGAUGGUCUCAUCCCCAUCUAUAUCACCUCGCACGGAUUCCAGGGCGAGGUUGUGUUCUUCGUCUCCGAGUUUCAGCCGUGGUGGAUGAAGAAGUACGGUAACAUUGUCAAGCAGAUGACCAAGUACCCCGUCCAAGACUUUUCCAGCGACUCCGCGCAGCACCGCGUCCACUGCUUCCCCAAAGUCGUGGUCGGUUUGGACAUCCACGACGAGCUUGCCAUCAAUGCCGCAAAGAUGUCGCAUGGAAAGUCCAUCCGAGACUUCCAAUCCAUCCUCAGUACUGCCUUCUCGGCCUCGGCCAGUCGGACCAAAGUUCCACGCACCAGGCCGAAGCUCGUCUUCAUCACUCGGCGAAGAACUCGGGUUGUCACCAACGAGGAAGAAGUGGUCCAGCUUGCGGAGAGAGCUGGAUUUGACGUCGAGGCUCUGGAACCCGGAUUCAACCACGAGAUGGCCAAUCUUUACGGGAUCAUACAGUCGGCCGACGUUCUUCUCGGUGUCCAUGGAGCAGCAAUGACACACCUGCUGUUUAUGCGACCGGGAUCACUUCUCCUCCAAAUCGUUCCACUUGGAACCAAGAGCCCGUCUCGGUCGUUCUAUGGAAACCCGGCCAUGAAAGCUGGUAUGCAGUAUAUGGAGUAUAUCGUCGAAGCCAGUGAGAGCAGCCUGUUGAAACGCUUUGGACAGAACCACUCCGUGAUAGUGAGUCCUCCAGAGAAUCCAGGAUCGUCUUCCGGGUGGAGCGAUAUGAAGAAGAUUUAUCUCGACAAGCAGAACGUUACGAUCUCGCUUUCGAGGUUCGAGCCAGUUCUUCGAGAAGCCUUUGAGAAAAUCUCAUCUCUGUGACCGACGUGGAUCCGGCAGCGCAGCAUCUAGCCAGCGUUGAUGAUCCCAGCUAGAAC